AUGAGCGAUAUCUCGCAGUCGGAUCUUUUCGCUGGUGAUCGAUGGGCUUGGGCGAGGGCUAUGAAUGGAGAACAAGACGAGGCGGACGAGAAUCAGGAUGAUGAUGAAGAGGAUGAGGAUGAGAAUUCAGACGAAGACGAAGACGAAGACGAAGCCGAGGAGAGUGCAGCUGAAGAUGACGAGCGUAGUAGCAAUGAGGACAGCGGUGAAGUCGGGCAUGGAAGUCCAGGCUGCGAAACGAAAGGUAUCAAGGCUGGCAAUGGUGAGAGCAGAAACACGCUGGCAGGCGAAAUCCCGCCUCAAACAAUAAGCGCGUCUGCCAAUGUGCAGUGGCCGCGGCCAGCUGGCAUUGAACAACAGCAGCCCAGUCGAGCUGCAGACACGCAUACCGACACCAGAUAUGGAGUCACCACAUCUGGUGUUUGGCAAAAUGGAGUACAAGUUGCUCGACCUGCGCAGAAACAGAUCAAUCAAGCCGCAGUGGUUACAGACCCAGCUCAGCAUUUUGUGCCGCAAGAGGAGGCCAACCAGGAAUCGGACGUUGACUACGGUCUAUCCGAGUCCGAUGUCAGAGCGAGCUUGCAGCAGGCUUUGGACGCAGUACAGAAUUUCGGGACCUUUGCUUCAUUUGGACCCAUUGAACAAUUCUGGGAUCCCGUCAUUACUGUUGCACAAGGCGGACCUCCAAUUACUCUGCCACUUCAAGAGCAGGAUGCUCAACGACUCAUUGCGGCUAGCCACAAGGCACCUUUCGGCAAAGGCUCCGAGACGAUUGUGGAUGACAAUGUACGCAAGACUUGGGAGCUGAACACUAACGAGUUCAUGGUCAACAAUCCCUAUUUCAAUGGCACUGUCAAUCAUGCCGUGACAAACGCUGUCUCUGAGCUAGGCGUUACCAAUCUUGCACAAGUUGGGAUUUCUCCCUACAAGAUGCUCCUCUAUGAGCCAGGAGCCAUGUUCAAGCCUCAUACGGACACGGAGAAGGUUCCUGGCAUGUUUGCAACCCUUGUAAUCUGCCUUCCAUCAGCUCAUGAGGGCGGCGACAUCGUCCUCUCGCACAAAGGUGCCAUGAAGCGCUUUGCAACAUCCGCGACCCAGCCUUCUUACGCUUGCUGGUACUCAGAUGUCACUCACGAAGUCAAAGAAGUAGCAUCGGGCUACAGACUCGUGCUGACCUACAACAUCUACAAGACAUCCGCAAUGGCGUCUAAUUUUUCCGCCUCCCAAAUCGGCGAGCAGUAUCCAGAAUUGAAGAGUGCCCUGAAGAACUGGCGAUGGGUUGACUCAUCCCCGGCGGUAUACAUUCUGGAUCACAAGUACACGGAUGCCCAUCUCAACAUCAAUAGCCUGAAAGGUGCGGAUGUAGCCCGAGUUCAGGCUCUCUCAUAUUUUGCCGAGAGGUACAAGUACGAGAUCUUUCUGGCAUCUAUGGAACACAUGAAGCAUGGUGAAGCGGCCUACGAGUAUGAUCCGUACGAUAGGUAUGGCUCGCGGCGUGGCAGAUACAACGAUUGGUACGAUGACGAUGACGAUGACGAAGAUGAAGACGAUGAUGGAUCUGAUGGCGAAUUCCAUGCCAUCGAAGAUAUUCACGAGACGGAGACGAAGCUGAAGCGAGUUAUCGCUCCCGAUGGUACACAGUUGAUCACUGACAUGACUAUCGAGGAAGAUUGCUUGUUGUUCGAGGAAGCCUUUCAGGCAUACUCGCGCGAUCCUGAUGACGAGGAUUACACCGGAUUUACUGGCAAUGAAGGAGCACAAUCGACACAUUGGUAUCGCGAUACAAGACUCAAACAAACGCGUACGAGCACACAAGACGUUAACCUCAGAGCACGAUCCGACCUCGUUCAACUGUGCAAGUUUGUCGUGAAAGAGAACCAGAGCAUUCUUGGACGCACGGAUUUUGCCGGUCGACCUCUCCAACCUGCGUUUUCACCGCGAAUUUUGUCGCACGUGUUUGGUCUUCUGGGCCAGCUCAAGGAAUAUCACGCUCUCGCGGACGCGGUCGCUAGCACCUCUGGUCCGAUUAACAAUGAAGCUCUCAAGAGGCUUAGUCCAAUGAUAAACACGAAGUUCGACAAAGUGCAGAAUGCAUUGACAGAAGCGUUCGCAAAGAUACGUGGCGUCAAUUCUACCUUCGAGGCAUUAAAGGCACUCUUCGGCGGUGACAUCAACAAUCGUGCCGGGCCUGCUGCUGAAUGGGCAUCCGGCAUCCUCACCAAAGCCGUGUCCAACGUGUCUAAUCCAUCCGAGCAGGACGGCAGAGCAUUGAUACACAUUGCGGUAUCUUUGAAACGAAGAGGGUUUCUGGAAAAUUGCAACCGCACACAUUUCGUGCUCGCGUUCCUUGCAGCGCUGAUCAUGGACGGAGAGGAUGCAUUUGAAGUCAACGACGUCUUAGCAGGUGUAAGAAGAUGCAUCGGACCGAUGAUUGAAGGCUUCUUUUUGGAAGUAUCUGAGGAGCGGCCUUCCAAACGACACAAGACGGUCCCUGAAGCUGGCAGUGCCACUGUGUCCACUCAGAGCAAGACGGGAGAUGAGCUCAAUGAAGUCCUAGACUUCUUGGUCACGAAAGACGUCAAAGUUGAGGCGGAAUCUCUCUUUGCGGCACUGGAGCUACAAGUGCGAGCAUGCAAGACAGAUGUGCUACGCAAAAUCCUGGUGCCGUUUCUGGAGGCGUCGCAGUUGCUCGCAAACGCGCAUUCCAAGACUGACUAUGGUCCCAUGUUUCGCAGUCUAUACAGAAACACGCUUGAGGCAUACGUGGAGCGCUUCGUCAAGGACCAGCCUCCGGCAUACGAGAACUUGGCGAGAAGCCGUGUAAACUGCUCGUGCCAGGACUGCUGGAAGCUGAAUCUGUGUUUGAUCAGCACCACGCAGCAAGAGUGUCGACUUCGCGUGAGUUCAGAUCGCAGACAUCACCUUCAUGAUGUCUUGGAUCGAAGCGGCUUCGACGGAACACACGAAACUGAUCGUAGGAGCGAUACACUCGUGGUUAGAAAGAGGAGCAAGGGCAAGCAAGCAUUCGAUGCGUGGUUUGCGAGAUGCCAGGAAGCCGGGGAAGUGUUGAAACAAUUCGAUGCGGCGACAUUAAAGGACAUGCUUGGCAGGCGGUAUGAGAGGAUUGUAGAGAUGAGGAUGCUGAUCAGUGAUGAGAGCAAUGUGCCAGAGGUGAUGAAGGUAGCGGCGGGAAGUAGCGGCGCGUUGGCAGAGACGGCGAGCCCGCGUGUACAGGCAGGUGUGAAGCGGAAGGCGGAGGUGAUUGAUCUUGUGGGGGACUCUUCCGAUUGAUUUUAUAAAGUCCAUAUAUGGUACAGUAUGAUCAUAUGUAGGUGUAGGUGUAGGUGUAGGUGUUGCUUGAGGCUGAGGCUGAGGCUGAGGCUGAGGCUGGC